ACGUGGGGUUGAAGGUGACGGUUUCAACGCGUCAUGUUUGGCGCCAGCAUUUUCGCGGGGAGUGAGGAGUGAGGAGUGGACAGACUUGAUCAUUUACAAACACUGUUGUAUAAACUCUCCCAAUUCCUCCGAUACAGCUCGUGUGUCGAUGAUCUCGCCUUCAGUGGGCGAUAGCGUGUCCUCAGGCGCGAGGCUGUGAGGAGGAUGAUGGCAGCAGUGCCUCUGUCUAGUGCCAGCCUCCUUCCUCUUCUGGAGUGUCUGGAAGAUGAAGCAGCCGGGCUGUCAGAGAAGACAGAUGCCUACAUCACCAUCGCAAACCGCCUGAAUGGAGAGGAAGGGCGUCAGUUUCUGCCUGUAGCUGUAAAACAUUUUGCACGUCUUAGUAAAGUCCUUUUGGUUCAUAUCUCCAGUGAGAACGAGGAGCUGUGUCAAGCCGCAUUACAAGCUUUGGGAUUCUGUGUUUUCCACUCACACAUUGUUUCAGUCAUACCAGCAAAUAUUUCAGAAGAUAUACUGUCAACGCUCUGUAAUGUUGUGGUAAAAUCAAAAGAGAAGUUUACGUGCACUCGAGCGUUAUGGGUGAUUUCAAAACAGAAUUUCCCACCAGAAGUGGCAUCCAAAAAGACCCCAGAGAUUCUGAAGAGUCUGGAGGCCAUGCAGACCAGAGAGGUUCAGUCGAUUCUCAUUGAACAUGAAUCACUCAAUGUCAUCAUAAGGUUGCUGGAGCAGGCCCCGUCUCAGAUGACUGCUGGAGCCGUGUGUUGGGCCAAGCUGGUUAUUCCUCUGGUGGUUCACUCGGCCAAUAAAGUGCGCUUGCGUGCCGCAGCAGCCCUGGAGCUGGGCUUGCCUCUUCUUCUGGAGAAGCAACAAGAGGUGGCAGCCAUUGUAGAGCCGAUGAUGUCUUCUAUGCUUAUCCCUGAAAUGCAGAAGCUGUUUACAUCUAAAAAUGAGAUGAAUAUGCUGAAGCUCUGGCCCUUGUUUGUGAGACUUCUGGGGAAGUUGCUCCACAAAGGCGGUGCUUUCAUUAAUUCCUUGCUGUAUUUAGAGGAGUUGGGUUUCCGCAACUCUUCUCCUAAUAUUAAGAAGAUUGCCUUCAUAGCUUGGAAGAGCCUCAUUGAUAAUUUCGCCCUUAAUCCAGAUAUCCUGUGCAGCAGCAAGCGUCUAAAGCUCCUCAUGCAGCCCCUCAGUUCCAUCCAAGUCAGGACUGAAGCCCUUCUGUUCACCAAGCUGGAGGUGUGGUGGUACCUUGUAGUCAAGCUCGGAGCCAACUUGUCCGCUAACUUUGAGCAGGUUGGUGUACCGCUACUGCACAACACACUUCCUUCUGAUUCUCCUCUGCUGAGCCCGACUACACCUGCUCGAACCUCUAACCCAAGCACUGGCACCCCUAACACCCCUAAAUCAGGCAUUCCCUCCUGCAGCACACCAAGCACUACUCCUCGCAUGAAUCUAAACAGCAGUGUGCAGGCGGCUCAGUCCUACCGCUCCAUUCAGCUCCUCGGUCUAGAGAUGCUCCUGCACUGGCUUGAGGGUCCGGAGGUUACAGUCACAGCAGCUAGAGAAAAUCUUCAGCUCAGUCUGGAGCCCCUGACGCACCCGCUCUUUACCAGCCCUUCCUCCUUCAGUAGACAUGCCUCCACCCUCAUAUCAGCCGUCAAAGAAGGCUUCAUUACUGUGGGAGAACAUGCUCCAGAAGCACUGCUUAGUCUCAUUUGGAGCAACCUGAUCUGCUCUGUCAGCACAGCUAUAGAAGCCGGUAAUAAGAAGGAAAGACAGGGGUCAGAGGUUCUCACAAUGCUUCUACAGGCUUUGCAGUCCAUCGUGUCCUCUGAUGCUCUGCCUGCUGAACGUGCCCUGCUUUUGCUGGAAGCCACUGUUAAGGGAAUACCACAGAAGGUGCUCGGUUCCGCAGCUUAUCAAGUGGCAAACAUGGAUGUGUUAAAUGGUACGCCUGCACUUUUCCUGAUACUGCUGUUCUCCAAGAGUAGCCAGCUCUCAUCCUUUCUUGAAGAUGAGAGGUUUUUUUCAUGCCUGGAAACCCUUGUGAGCUGUGGGUUUUGUGGACCUACAUCGCCCCUGGCAUUUGGAGAGGCUGUUUUAGGAGCGAUUAGUGGGAGUGUGGAGGCUGUGAAGAACAAGAAACAGCUUUGGAGGAUGUGGAGCACGGUGGUAAACCAUCUGACGGACACCAUCACUCAGACCAAUGAAGUGAAUCAAGGAGAUGCUCUGGAGCAUAACUUCAGUGCCAUUUACAGUGCCUUGAUGUUCCCAGUUAUUCACCUGCUGACUGGUUCACCCCUGCCCCAAACCUCUCAGAAGGCCAUGAUCUGUACGUGGUCCAGGCUUUACAAGGCGUUUGCUCGCUGCUCAGCUUUGGUAGCCACAGCAGAGGAGAACAUAUGCUGUGAAGAGCUGUGUGCCAAGAUCUCUGCCUGUCUCGACACCGACGCUCUGAAAAAUCUGCCGAUGUUGGAUGCAGUGGCAAAUAUCUUGCUGAUCCUCUCAGAGAGCAUAGACUUCUCACCUUACACCCCACAGUUCCAGCAGAAGAUGAAAUUUCCCCGUACACCUUUGAGAUGGGUACGCAAGAAGAGCAAAGCUCUGGGGAAUCUCUCGACCUUCCACAAUCUCCUGAUACAGACUCUAGAUGCUUUCCUGUCUAUGGACCUCUCCAAAGCAUCUGUGGAGUCCACCAGUGGAAUUGGCUUGAUGCUGGUUUCUAACUUGUCAACCCUUUUCACUAAUAUCACUCUACCCACGUUCAUUCAAGAGGUGCUGUCCAUCCUCACCAAACCCCUCGCGCACCUUUUUCAACAGUUCUCCAGUCAUGAACCAUCAAAGCUCAGUGCGACACUAGGACCCAAGUUGGAGAAACUGGCCACAGACCUGCUUGGCUGCCUUCAGACACAAUCAACUCUGCAUGAUGAUGAGAUGCUUGCUAUGUUGUCGCCCUUGCUUUGUGUGCUUUUUCCGCACAAGAGCAAGCAAAUUCGUUCUGUGGUCAUGCAGUUCUGGAAUGCCACCUUUGGAAAUGCACUCACCUUGACUUACUCUGAGCCUCUCAGGUCUGUUUUAAGUCAGGCUAAGCAAAAGACUCCCCUGAUUUUACCUGGUUUUGAAGCUGUUGAUGCAUCAGAAGAUUGCAGCGGACAGUAUACGGGUGAGAGUUCUCAGCUGGACCCACAGAUCAGCGGGGUCAAGAUGACCUCUGUGGGAAAGAGGGACUCUCUUCUGGCGAGGGCAGAAGAGCAUAAAGGAAGAGGCUCUGCAAAUGCAGCAAAGCCGGUGUCUGUAAAGCUGGAUUUUGGAUCACCCAAGCCCUUGAAGCGAAAAGCUAUUGAGGAGGAGGCAUCAGUGGAUUUUGUUUUUAUUCCCCCAGAGACAAAGGAGAGAGUACUAACUGAGCACCAAAAAGAGAUUAAAAGAACUAAACGGGUUGACAUUCCUGCACUGUAUAAUAAUCUGGAUGCCUCCCUGGACACUACAGCCUUUACACAGUUUACUCAGAGUCAGGAAGAGUCCAUGGGCAAUUUGACAAAAGAUGAAAUGGAUCAACCAGAGGAAGAGGCUGACAUACAGCUAAAGGAGGUUGCCACAACUGAGGAACCAACCACAGAUGUUAAACUAACCCAAGAAGGCACCGGGUCAGUUGUAGAAACACCAGAGAAAACUUCACAAAAUAAAGAUCAAAAUAAUGAGAAGAAUCAAUCACCAUCCAGUGACAUCUCAGUUGAUGUGAGUGGGCAUGAGAAAAGUGGACUUGAGGGGACCAGCCCUAAUGUUUCAGGUUCAUCUGAUAUGAUAUCAGGAACACCAACUAAACCCAAUAGGAGGCGUCAGUCUUUCAUAACCUUAGAGAAAUAUGUUGAUGGGAAAUCACAAAGUCCUGCAAGUGUUGCAUUUACUGGUCUGCACAUUCGCAAAUCGAGUAGACUGAGUUCUUCAAAGGCAUUGGAGGCUUCUCCAAAAGACUCGCAACUUCAGAAUACAAAAGUGAACUCUCGAAAGAGGAGCAGCACUGACCCAUCUGCUCAAAAUGAGGAAGUAACAGAGAAGAUGUUAACAGGAGGUCAACGAGGUGAAGGUACAGAUGAAGAAGAGGAUGUGGUCCCAGAUACCCAGACCCAGUUAUCUGGUGACACGUCAGGUGAUGAGAAAAGUCCUGUGUCCAAAGCCAGUGUAGAGGAACAAGAUUCCCCUGAAAAAGAUUCACAGAGUCUUGCUGAUUCUCAAGCUAGUCAAGAACCAAGAAGGUCAGGCAGACGGCGAAGUAAACCUGUACGCCCAGGGGAAGAUCCAGAGGAGAUGAAAAACCAAUGUCAAGAACAAGUUGCAGAUUCGAUGGUGACAAAUACACAGAAUCCCAUACUGUCUCCAACAAUUAGCACUUUGACUGGAAGAAGGAGAAGUAAGGUUAUUGAGGAUGGUAAAGUUGAAGACCAGUUGAACAAUAAAGGAAUAAAACAAGAGCUUAGCAAAAGUAAUUCACAGAUUUCCUCUGCAGGAUCUUCACAGGCACUUCCACAGGUUCCAAUGUUUAUGCUUGGUAAUAAAGAGCCAAGUGAGAUUCUGUCCUCUUCUGAUAGUUCUCCUGUAACUCGGUCGGAUAGCCAAAGCAAAGAGAGAUUGUCUGCUCUCAGUGAGUCUGGAAGUCUGUCACCAGGUAGACCUACGAGGAAGACUAGAGUGCACCUUGAGGAAUCAAUAGACAAGGAGGCAGAUGAAAACUCGCAAAACGAUCCUCAUAAUGCUGCGUCCACUUUGAAAAAGAAAUCUUCACAUACACCCGUUUCCGAUUCUGAGGCUGAUAGCCAGCAAACUGCCCAAACGCGAAGAACAAGGAGAUCUGAAUCUCAAUUACUGGAGUUGGCUGGUUCGCAGACCAAAGACGACUUAAGUCCGACAGACUCUCAAACACCGAAAAUUAUGAAGGGUAGAGUGAUGCGAAGGAGAACUGCAGAAGAAAAGAGAGACCAUAGUACUAGAGAUGCCACAUCAACCGUAAAUCCUGAGGAGUUAAGUGCAAGCCAAGAUUCCUCAGAAGGUCUUGGUAGAUACAGAACUCGACGCUCUAAAGGUUUGUUGCCUCCUACCGACAACCAAGAGUCUGAAAACUCUGAUAGCCAACAAGAUGGACCAAGGCCUAAAAAGAGACCACGGAAACCAUUAUCCACAGAGGUGCUGCCAGGUGCCACAGAGCACAUAGUUACCGAGAUGGUGCCAGAUAAGGAGGGUGUUGAUGUUUCAAUGGAGAUGUCAGAGGAUGAGGCAGAUAUUGAAACUAGUUUAAAUAUUUUAGUCAUUGAGACCAAAGAACUUGAGCAAAAGUACAAAGAGGUCCCUGCCCCUGAUGAUGUACCCCAUGAACAGAUUACCUCGGAAAAAGAUGUCAAAAUUAAGAUCAGAUCUGAACUGAAGACUGAUACAGAUGAGGAGGUCAUUAGUGAGAAACCGGAAGAUGAAGAAUUGAAUUCAUGUUCACAGAUUGGAUUGGAAGAUUUAAACAAGAAGAAUAACAUGCCGCAUAAAUGCCCACAUACCAGGGGAAGGGGCCGUGGGCGUAGACGAUCUAGAAGUUGCAACUGCUUUUCAAACAACCGUGAUGUGUUCUCACAGGACAGUGACUUCCAAAAAUCACAGGAUCUGAAAAGUGAACAGGUUCCACUUUUAACUGAUGCCCCGAACUCUCAAUCUGAGCAGUCAAGCUCUACAUCUGUAGCAAAGAAAAGUGAGAGCUCAGAAAUUGCAGAAGUCUCAGAUGCUGAUGUUCAGCCAUUUUCAGCCUUGCCCUCGCAACUCCCAUCUGAGGUAUUCCCUUCUGAAAGUCCCAUUGCAAAGCUUGGUGUAAUUGUUUCUCAGCUCUCUGAAGCAGAAGGAACACAUGAAUCAUCCAAACCAACAGGUGAAUCAAACAAGGACCAUCUAGAGCUCCCAGAGGCAGAAACAAAGCAGUUGGAGAAUUCUGGGUGCACAGGUAGUCAAAAUCACAAAGAAGAGGGAUUGGAAAAUGCUUCAGUAAGUCAAGAACCUCUGCAGAGUUCGACACCUCAAGACACAUCUCCAAGUCAAGGUCGCCCAGUGGAAGAUGCACCUAUAUGCCAAGAACAGCUAGAGUCUUCCCAUGUCCAGCAGGAGGAUGAAGUUCACCCAGCAAUGAAGGAAAGUGAAGACCUUGCUGUUUCCGAGCCCAGUGGAGAAAAGUUUAUGCUGCCAGGAGAGUCAAAUGGCAAAGAACUGCUUGACAAGGAUGUUGCUCUUGUUGAGAAGGAUGAAGAUGCUCAGAUAGACAAACAGGAUCUUCCUGUGGACCCACAGGAGGAGACGUCUGUACCCCCUGAAAGUAGUACCUCUGGAGCCUGCUUAGGUUCACCACCCAAGCCUAAACCUUUGGACGCUCUUAGUGGUGCACUGGAGCCUGGCCAGAGUCCGAGCAAAAACCGAUCUUGUGGCUGGACUCCAUCUGCAUCUCCAUCCACCAGUAUUCUGAAGAAGGGGCAGAAGAGAACAUGUGAAGAGGAUACACCCUCCCCUCUUCAUAAGUCUCGUCGAGUGUCUUUUGCAACUCCAAUUUAUCAUCAAGAACUGGCUGAUGAUAUUGAUCGACGUAGUCCAGUUAUUCACACAAGCUCACCUAGGUCAAAAGUCUUGAGUGGACAAUCGAAGUAUAUCACUACACCCACAAAAGGAUAUACAAGUCUAAGUCCACGUAACCUCCGUAGCCCUGGAUCCAAAAGCUCUAAAAAAUGCCUGAUUUCAGAAAUGAGCCAGGAGCCACGUCCUAUUGCUAAAGAUUGUGUUUAUCCAGCACUUGUGGGCUGCUCUGCCCCUAUAGAGGCUGUUUUACCACAGAUAUCCUCCAACAUGUGGUCUCGUGGCUUUGGUCAGCUUGUUAGAGCAAGAAACAUCAAAACGGUUGGAGACCUGAGUGCCCUUACCCCAAGUGAAAUUAAGUCUCUUCCUGUUCGCUCGCCUAAGCUUUCCAAUGUGAGGAAAGCACUUAAAACCUAUCAUGAACAGCAGAGAAAAGGGCAUUUUGAUGACCUAAAGAGUUUUGAGGAAAUGGAGAAAAUGACGUCUGAGCCUGAAGAGAUGGAGCUUCCUCAAAACCAAGAGGACGAGCAAACACCAGGAGAGGCUCAAGAUGACAGACCAUCAGAAGUGGAAGCAGAUUCAGAACCAGUGGCUGAGAAGAACAAAUCUUGUGAUUUGCUCUCAGAUGUUGAAGCCCUUAGUGGACGCCUAACUUCAGGGGAGCUUGGUCACUGCUCACCUGACCAGCUGGGCCUGAUGCACGAACAUCUGAGCGGAAUGAUGAGAAGCAUUGUGACCCACAUGAAGUCCCGCUUGCAGAGUAAUCUUGAUGAUGGCUUGCAAUGAAGAUAUAGACUUUUUCCUGACAUAAGAUUCACUUUUAACUUUAAGAUUAACAGUGGACUGCUCAUUUCUCAAGUUUUAGCUUGAAUUUUAGAGUAGAUGACUUUUUAAUUAUGAUCUUUCAGAGAAUAGACUUUAAUGGCCGAAAACCAUUUCAAUUGCUACUUAAGUGUUGGAUGUAUUUUAUGGAGUAAUUUUUUUUACGACUAAAAUUGUGCUGAGAUGCCAAGAAAACUUAAAAAAAAAAAUAAAGUUAUACAAUUAAUACAA